CUCUGCUUCCCGUGCUGUGAUUGGUCCAAACGUAUAUAUCAUGAGGCAGUUCCAAUGUCGAAUCUCAUUCGUCAGAGGUCACGCCAACCGAACAUGCUCGGAUGGCCCCAUGUAGGGAUGCCCAGACCUAUUACUUCCAUUUGCGCUAUGAACAUGCCACCAGUCGUGAUCCACUUGGAAAUGAUCAAAAGGGCAGCCGCCGCGAACGUACUCUCGACCAAGAAAUCCAUCAGACGUCAUCAAAGCAAGGUCAACCAGCGCCGAUACCGGCAGGAACAAACGCACGUGACUGACCAACUCAAUCAAUCCGUGAGUCAGUUGCGAGCGGACGUGGCUCGUAUGGAAGGAAGCUUAGACGCCCUGCGACUGGCGAUUCCCCCAAGCCUUCAAACGUUGGACCUCGAGUGUCGCAUCGGCAACGAGUACUUUCGUGUGUUCGCCAACGGGAACUUCCUCGACCCAUCGACCACCGAGCACGCCUUCCAAACCGACUUUUUAACCAAUGUCAUGCGGGAAGACCUGGUGAUAAUGGGCAGUGUCGGCCGCGAGAAGCUGAUUCAGCAGUGGACAUUGUACAUGACAACGUUUGAAGCGUUUUCCAUGGAUCUCCACACCUUACAUGUGGCGAUACGGUCCCCAAAUGUAGUUUUGUACACCGAGUCGACGCUUCACCUGCGUUUGUCCUACCAUUCGGUCCAAUUGCUCUUCCCCCACCUCCACGACAAGGAGCCCCUCGUUCAAAACAUGGUUGGCCGUACGUUGCAUUUGCCUGUGCAAGUGCACUUUGCCUUUGACAAGAAUCGCAUUGUCCAAGUGCUUGGAACGUUUGCAAACACCACCCAUGCACUGGUCAACGUCGUGGGCAAUGCUAUCGACACGGUGGCGGUCCUUGGGGACUUUCAAAUGUCGGAAGAAGCAGAACUUUUGGUAACCUAGUGUCGUAGCGUUGCUUGUAACAACCACAAAGAUAAUGCAGAGUGAUUGAUUUCGCA